AUGGAUCGAUAUCUGGGGAAGCCCCUUCCGUUCUUGCAUGGUUGGCGGAAGAUUCCAGGGGACAGCAGCUCGAUUGGCGUCAUUGUAUUCUCCCCCGAUGCGACGUUGAUCGCCACUGGUGAUGAUAAAGGGAUGUUGAGUAUAUGGCAGGCAGCCCCUGCGUGGAGGGUGAUUCGGAAAUACUUCCUGCGGUCCAGAAUUCAGGGAUUAUGCUGGAAUCCAAUACACCAGCUCACUCUCUUCGUCGGUUGCGCGAGUGGUUGCCUCUAUACGUUUGAUUAUGUUAUUCAUACUGUUGAAAAGGAAUCCGCCAACGUUCGACAGCUUCCGGGCUAUAUUCAUUCAUUAGCAAUCAAUGAAAGUGCUAGUAAAUUGGCUAUUGGAUAUACGAACGUUGAGGGUGUUCACAUUGCCUUUGUUGAGGACCCAUGUGGGGUGCGCAUCGUUCAUCCCACCCUUACGAAAGGCUGUGGACAAUCAAACCACGCCAAGAUCGUUGGAUGUGAGGCAAUAUGUUUUCUCCCUCUCGUCGACUUCCUUAUUUUGACUCGGCGUGAAUACGUGAGCACAACAUAUUACGACGUUCAAGGGGCCAGUCGGUCCAGACGGCUAGUUGGGAUAACAUUUCUGGAUGAGGUGACAGUUUUAGCAGGUCACGUUAAUGGGCACAUAGUUCUCGCAACCACGACCAUGACCAGCGGCCCAAGGUUGUUCACGCUGCGAAGAAAACCCUCAAAAUCAAACCGUGAGGACCUCCUUGCCCUUUGCACUCCUAAUUUAAUCCAUCCAUCGAUAGUUGUUCAGGUGUUACCGCGGGGCAUCCGAGCAGGCGAUUGUCAUAUCCUCGCCGCACUGGGAGAGGGCAGAGAUACCACCUUUGUCGCUGCUUUUGUUACUUUCCCGGACGUAUCCAAACCAUGGGUCGACGAUGUGAUAUAA